AUGGGCAAGUCACAGAGCAAACUCUCGCCAGAGCAACUAGCCGAUCUCCAGAAGAACACUUAUUUUGACAAGAAGGAGCUACAGCAAUGGUACAAGGGCUUCCGCAAGGACUGUCCAUCAGGCCAGCUUGACAAGACGGAGUUUGGCAGAAUAUACAAGCAGUUCUUCCCCUUCGGUGACCCCGCCGAGUUUGCCGACUAUGUGUUCAAUGUCUUCGACGAGAACAAGAAUGGCACAAUAGACUUCAAGGAGUUCAUCUGUGCCCUGAGCGUGACCAGCCGCGGUCGGUUAGAUGAGAAGCUCAAAUGGGCCUUCCAGCUAUAUGACAUUGACAAGGACGGCACAAUCACUUAUGAUGAAAUGCUGCAAAUAGUACAGGCGAUCUACAAGAUGACGGGAGAGAUGGUGAAACUUCCCGCCGACGAGGACACGCCCGAGAAGCGAGUGGACAAGAUCUUUAGAAAUAUGGAUCGCGAUAAAGACGCCAAACUAACAUACGACGAAUUCGUGGAAGGCAGCAAGCAAGAUCCUACGAUAGUACAGGCCUUGUCACUGUAUGACGGCCUCGUAUAG